GUUCCGCGCGGACUAUGUGCGCCACACACCCCGACUGCACUGCAAAAACCUCCGCGUUGCACGACCUCGUCUGCAACGCGCCGCAUAACCUCGUCUGCGACGCGCCGCACGACCAUGUCGCAUCGCACGCCACACAGCCUGCAGUCCCGGCGAUACCACGGGCCCUCGCCCGCCCCCCUCAGCUAUACCAUCAUCACUGCUGGACUGGCUACUACGGAUCUUCUAGAUGUUCAAUGACUUAUUCUUUCAUCGCCUAUUUUCCGCUUCCCCUGUAGCAUCUAUUUACUUUUCUCCCCUCAUACUUGUUUAUUUGGCGGGAGGUGGUCGUCUUCGGGUGGCCACCGCUUGCCUUCAUCCUCAUGCGUCACCAUGGUCCUCCCCGCCAUGGCUCACCAUCAUCAUGACCUCCCUCAUCUGCAUGCAUUCCUCAUCGACAUGCAUCCCUACCUAUACCUCACGCUCACCUUACGCACAUACCGGAUGGUCUCCUCACUACAUACCCAGGAGGACGCGCAUCUGCCUUCGCCUUACGAAUUUGCUUACGAGUUCAUGGACUGGUUACGAUGCUGGUGCCCUACUUACGCUUCACUUGGGCACGGUACUUACGUUGGAUGAAUUGACGACUUUGACAUGAUCUUCCUGGUUUGACCUUGGUUUGAGAUGACGAGAGGCUGAGCCGAUGCCAUGGAAUAUAC